AUGGCGACGCCGCAAGCCUCUGCGGCCGAAGACCGCGUCCGCACCCGCUACCUGGAGCAGCAUCUCCGGAUACGGCUGUCUGACAGCCCACGCGCGAUUUGUGGCAUGCUUGUGUGCAUAGACUCGCAAGGCAAUGCCAUUCUCAACGAGGCCGUGGAGCAGACGCUCGACCCCCAGACCGACGAAGUGUGCUCUGAGCGCCACGUCCCGAUGGUCAUGAUACCCGGCAAGUGGAUAUCCACGGUGGCUGUCCUCCCCGCUCCGCCGGUGGACCCCCUCCAGCGCCAGGCCCAUGCCCAAGCGUACCUGGGCAGUUCCAUGUAUCUCUAG